UGCAAACUUUUAAAGUGUAUAGUUUAGUAGACCGAACGCAACGAUUGGCAUCGGAUCACUUUCGGGAUAUUUCAGCCACAACGACAAGUUAAAAAGGCAGCAUUAGUUGUACAACAGAGGCGAAAGAAAUCCGUUGGAGCCAAAGCCUCUAUAAACUAUUCAAACAAUUGGUUGUACACUGUGCUCUGUGAUUCGUAUUUAAGUGUACACCAAAAAUUGUAUUUAUUACGGUUCGUUUAAAAUGUGGGGUAUUUUAUUUCAUUAUGAAAGCAGAUCACGUAGUUUGUGUGUGACAAAUUAGUGUAUAACAAUAAGACUCGUGCAACAAUUGAGCAAAAAAUAAAAAUAAAAAUGAUUUAAAUUAAGAAAGUGAAUUAAGAAGAUUUUUUUGCUUAUUUAAAUAUGUGCUGUUUUAAUUUUUUAACUAUUUCAACUAGAACGUAACAUACAUAGACUAACAGAUCGUCAUACUGGAUUGAAACUAUCGACGACACGCUCAUGUUUUGUUCUAAAGAAGUGAAAAAGGUUUAAGAACACGUGUCUACUAAUAUACUGCAAGUAUGCUACAAUCAUUACUUCGGCUACUGACGAUAUUUGCGGUAAUCCUUACGGUGACCGCCCAGGAGCGAUGGUCAUGGUCAGGAGGGGGAAAUAACGACAAUAGCAAUAAUGCCAAAAACGAUGCUGAUCGAUACAACGUGCGUAGCGAUGUGUUGGAAUUCCAAGGCACUGGGUCACAAGCAGCAGCAUCAAAUGAAAAACGGAAUACUUUGGCAGUUAGAAAAGGCCGAUACGAGGUAAAAGAAAUAACUACGAAAAGGCCAUCAUUCUCAAGGCCACAAAAUGAUGAGUUUUCUGGCGAAUUUGGAGAUGGAAAUCAAUCUAAUGAUUUUGGAUUCAAUCAAAAGUUCGGUGGGGGAGGACUUAUUAACGGACAAUUUGGGCCGAACCCGUACGGAAUUAACCUUGGCCAACAGGGUGGUGUAGGAGGAUUCCCGUUCCAGGGUGGUAAUGCAUUAGGAGGUGCAGGAUUUUACCCGGGUCAACCACACUUAGGCGGAGGGUAUGGCGGUUUGGGACACGGUUCCAGUGGUAAUGGAAUUCUCGUGGGCCCUGGAGGCCCGACCGGCAUUAUAGGCCGUCCGUAUCACCGGUUUCCGUACGGCGGUGCCGGAUACUAUCCUGGAGGGAACGGAUAUCCCUAUGGAGGAGGAUUCGGAAAUCCGACGUUCAAUGGACAUCCGGGUGGAUUCUUCUCGCCCGGUGGCUAUCCCUCGGGAGGCUAUUUUCCUCAGCCAUUCGGUGUUGGUGGAAUAGGGCCGAGACCGUUCGGUUCAUUCCCAGGUGGAUCUCAAUUCGGUCCACAGUUUGACCAAACCCGCCAAGCCAGUAAGAAGGUGGAAAAGAAAUCAGUCUAACAGAACAACUUGAAGCAUCACUUCAGCUCCACUGAGAUUGUAAGAUAAAAGUUGACUGAUGCAGCUCGUUACAACACUCUUUCAGUGUUUGUAGUUUUUGGUUGUCACCAUGCUAAAAUAGCUUUGUUACUUACCGAUUGUUGUUAUGACGAUAAUAGAAUAAAAAAGAGCUCCAAAAAAUGUCCAUUGAA